AACUUAAGACCAGACCUCGGAAACCUCUUCAUCCUCGGCCACGAUUCCUCCGUAUCUCUGAUGCUGGAUAAGGUAUCUAUCAGCAACGGCUUAGCAUGGAGCGCGGAUCACAAAACUUUCUACUUUAUUGAUACGGCAGCUUAUAAGGUGGAGGCCUUUGACUGCGAUUUCGAAAGCGCCAAAAUAAGUAACAGGCGCACCAUAUAUGACUAUCGAGAAAAUGGUCUUUAUCCCCACUUUCCCGACGGUAUGACCAUUGACACAGAUGGCCUCUUGUGGGUAGCCUCCUUCGGCACAGGCAAGAUUCACUGCAUAAACCCGAACACGUGUCGAGUGGAGCGAGAGGUCAAACUCCCGACCUCCAAUCCCACCUCGGUCUGCUGGGGGGGACCGGACCUCGAUCAGCUGUUUGUUACCACCACGACCAAGAACAUCACCUCAAAACAGCUGAUUGAACAACCCGAUGCUGGGGCGGUUUUCAGAAUCACGGGACUGGGAGCGCGAGGUCGACCUGCGAGAGAAUGCGAGGUGAUGUUCUAACGCUCACAUCAUGGGAAUAUUAA